CGAGCAAUUGAAACUGUAAAAGAAAUAAUUGUAAACGAGCUCCAGGAUCGUGUUUCAUUGGCUCUGAGUGGCGUCGUACAGUCUUACAUUGAUAGCGUCGUUCAAUUGAGGCCAUCAUCUGACAUGUAGGAUAAAAAGUGUAAGAAAUGGAAACUACAGCUGCAGCGCAGUACGAGGUUACAACAAACGCUACCACAGUCACUACUACAAUCUACACAACCAUUGAAGACACCACGAUCAACCAGAUCCUGCUUUUCUUUUUACUCGCCGGGCUCGCAAUGGCGAUUUCUAUUGGUACAGCCAAUCUGUGCACGUAUUGCUACGAACGUAGAAAGAAGAAAAAUACCUCCAUAAAGCAACUACAUGCAGCUCCUAUGUACCCUACAUCAAAACACCUAAGCCCUCAGACUCAAAACGGCAUGUUUAGCGCAAUUAUGGUUGCUCAGAUGCCGCUAACCCCAAUGCCUGUAAAACGGCAUGACGAGAACGGAAACACUGAAGACACUACGAGACUUAACUUGACUCGAAUCACACAGGUUUUACCAAAACCUGAUAAUUCGUUAACGUUUGAAAACGAGGCCGCCAUGACUGAAUACGAAACCUCCGUCGCUCCGAUUCCCACCUCGGCCGAAUUAUAUUCAACUCUUCCGGAUUAGAGUUAUAUAGUAUAGGGUGGGGGAAAAUGGGACACCUUUUUAUUCCAUUUUCUUGUUCAUUUAGUAGUAAACAAAGAAAUAAUUAUAAAACCGUAUUCUCACGACUCCAAUAGACCGUUGUUAAUUGUUUAAAUUACGACCAGGAUAUUUGGAUAUUAUUUUCUAAAUGUGUCCCAUCUUCCCCCACCCUCGUAUACGUUGUAGUAUAAGUCAUUGCAAGACAGCACAUGUUGUUAUUCUGUCCAACAACCCGCAAUUUAUUUUUUUAGUUUUCAGUCUUCCCCUCAUGUUACUUAUGUUUGCAUUUAUUAAAUACGUGACAAGAAGUU